GCGGUGGGUCCCGUGGGCGGGGCAGCCUGCGGUGCUGUCCCGUGGGCGGGGCGGUGGCGGGCGCGCAGACGCUGCCGCGGCUCUCCGGCUAUGCCCAGGCCCAGGCCCAGGCCCAGGCCCGGCCCGGGAUGAGCGCGCCGCGCGGCGAGGCGGAGGUCCCUCCAGCGGGGAUCUGCGGCGGCCCGGCGGCUCCGGCUCCCGCCUCUCCUGCCGGCAUGGAGGCGACGCCGCUGGCCGCCUCCCUGAAGGCGGCGGCGGGGGGUGGCGGCCUGUUCAGGUGGUUGCGCGGGCGCUGCCUGGGCCGGAGCGCCGCGGUCGACCCGGCCCGCGACACCUUCCGCGCCAUGACCGGGCUGUACAGCUCUAUCCAGCCCGCCGACUCCGUGUACCUCAGCACCCGAACGCACGGCGCCGUCUUCAACCUCGAGUACUCGCCCGACGGGUCAGUACUGACUGUUGCUUGUGAACAAACUGAAGUCCUGCUUUUUGACCCAAUAUCUUCAAAGCACAUUAAAACUCUCUCUGAAGCUCAUGAAGACUGUGUAAAUAAUAUCAGGUUUCUAGAUAAUCGACUGUUUGCAACUUGUUCUGAUGACACUACAAUAGCACUUUGGGAUCUAAGAAAGCUGAAUACAAAAGUGUGCACUUUACAUGGUCACACCAGCUGGGUUAAGAACAUCGAGUAUGAUACCAAUACAAGACUACUAGUAACAUCAGGGUUUGAUGGAAAUGUGAUCAUCUGGGACACAAACAGGUGCACAGAAGAUGGGUGUCCUCACAAGAAGUUUUUUCACACCCGUUUUCUUAUGAGAAUGAGGUUGACACCAGACUGUUCCAAGAUGUUGAUCUCGACCUCCUCUGGAUAUCUUCUGAUUUUGCAUGACCUUGAUUUGAACAAAUCUUUAGAGGUUGGCAGCUACCCAAUUUUAAGAGCUAGGAGAACUACAUCAAGUUCAGAUACAACAUCUACAAGUUCAUCUGGUCCUCGAGCUGUUGGUUCACCAUGUCACCAGAAUGAUUCAGGUCCACUGUCUGAGAAACAUAUGUCACGGUCCUCACAGCGAGAAGGUGGAUCACCUAGAAAUAGUCUGGAGGUCUUAACACCAGAAGUUCCUGGAGAAAGAGACCGUGGGAACUGCAUUACAUCACUACAGCUCCAUCCAAAAGGGUGGGCUACGCUUCUGCGGUGCUCAAGUAAUACGGAUGACCAGGAGUGGACCUGUGUCUAUGAAUUCCAGGAAGGAGCCCCUGUGAGACCUGUCUCACCUCGUUGUUCUCUGCGAUUGACUCACUGCAUUGAAGAAGCCAAUGUAGGCCGAGGGUACAUAAAAGAACUUUGUUUCAGUCCUGAUGGUCGGAUGAUUUCAUCCCCGCAUGGCUACGGGAUCCGCUUGUUGGGAUUUGACACACAGUGCAGCGAACUUGUUGACUGUUUGCCCAAAGAAGCUGGUCCCUUACAGGAAAUCCGUUCCCUCUACUCUCACAAUGAUGUAGUACUGACGACGAAGUUUUCUCCAACACACUGUCAGAUUGCCUCGGGGUGCCUUAGUGGACGUGUUUCUUUGUAUCAGCCAAAGUUCUAGGCACAUCCUUACAUCAACAGGAACUUCAGAUGUUUGUGUUAAUAAUUACUUCAGUUUAGGUGAAGUGUGUUCUUUUUGAAAUUAUGUAAAUUCAGAUAAGAUCAUAGUUACUAUGGUCUGUGAACAUAACAAUGAAACAAGUUCCCAGUCCAUCACUGUAUGCAUUCUGAUACUGCAUCCAGAAGUAAGGCUCUGUCCAUUUUGUUUUCAGCCUACUGUGCAGACCUCUGCUCCUGCUGAUUCUAUGCCAUUGCGUUGUCUUUCUGGUUGCAACAUUGCACAGUAAUACUUGUUGAUCUUUCAUUUCUACACAACUUAAAGUGGGCUAUCUGAAAGAAAUGUAGAUGGAGCAUGGGUUCAGCCAAAACUCACCCAGGUCCCACUGGUACGACACCUCUUUGUUCCAGAGGAACUGGACUUCCUCACAUACAAUUGCUUGGCCUUUUCUCUUGCUGAAACUGCUAUACAAUGGUUAUUAGAUAAUGGAGCUGGUUUUGUGCGUACUAGAGUAGUUACUGGCACAAAAAGAAAAAAACAUUUUCAUUUAUAUAUAAAUUUGGUUAUUUGUGAUUGGCUGGAAAAAACAGUAAACUUACUGUAAUGUUUUGCUGUAGUUAAAAUCUUUUUUGGCUGUUUUUCCUUAAUUGUAUAUAUUGUGUUUAUUGCCAGAAAGAGAAGAUUCUGGAUGGAGAUGUAGCUGCAUUUUCCUCAAGAGAAUUUAGUAGAAGACUGGGGCAGGGAAACAAGAGCUGAAUGGGUAAAAAUCUUGCCAUGUAAUCACUGCAAAUUAACUCUUCAGAAUGUUUCUCAAAAAAUGAAAGGUUAGCUAGUCUCUGAGUAAACUGUAUUCCUUAGCCACUGGGGUUCUGUCACUUUUAUUGUGGGAAGCGUUUUGCAUUGAUAACAAAUCUUGAUAACCUGUUUCACAGUUAACACUCUACAGAAUUCUCAGCUGAUACUAAAGCCAUAUUGCAACUGAAGUACAGGACGUUCUUCUGUACCCUGCAUACACCAUUGUUAUGAGAGGAAUCAGUGUAGGAAGUGUCCAUAACUUCAUCAGAUAAGCAUUUCUUCAAAUGUAUUGUCAGUUUGGAGUAGAUUAAAAGCAUACUCUGUCUAAAGUAAGGUCUAUCUGGAUUUAACUGGACUUAUCACAAGAUGUGAAAAAUGUUAAUGUUUAGCAUUAAUUUACAUAUUAAGCAUGAAUGCCAAGUUUUACUCCUUGAGUUAAUACAGCUAACCUUGUAAAUGUAACUUCAGUCUCAUGUCCAUAUCAGUUUAUAUUAUUCUCACCACUUACAGAUUCCAAGGUAAUAUUUUGAGUAUUUCUCUAAGAUUUUACUGGCAAAACAUACACUAAACUCUACAGGAAGCUUUGCCUAAGAAGGACCAUCAUAUUUUGGUAUUUAGAUUCAGUAUCUACAGCUUGGCAGAACAUGCUUAUUGAAGGCUGACUGUUAUGUCUUUUUGCAAAAAUUGUUUGCUGUUUGGGAAAAAGGAGACAUAUGUGAAGAUGAAAUAGCUGGAAAUACAUAAAGCUGAAUCCUCUGAUGUGAUUUUGAAUUUAUGUAGGUAAUGUUCUCUGUGGUGCUGGUGGAGGUGUCAUUGAAAUUUAAGGCUUCUCUGCAGUGUGAGGAAAAACUUAAGAUUAAACUUUCUAUUUCUGCUGGUGAAUUUCUUCAGUAAUAAGCCUUUAACAUUGGGUAUUUGGUAACCUGAGGACUGGACUAGUUAAUUACUCUCCUUUGGUUUUCAUCAUCCCCAGCAAAUGAGUGAUAAAGGACUAAAUGGAAAUAGGUGAAUAUUUGCAACUGAGAGACAUCCUAUUCCUGGAUAAAUGUCCAAAAUGUUAUAGUCUCAUGUUGUUUUUUUAAUGGAAUUAUUUGAUGGUUCCCUCAGUAGAAUGUCUUCCCAGCUGGAGGAGGCAGAAUUUUUCUUUAAGUAAAUGUGCUGAGUUAACUUAAAAUGCAGAGGUAUGCUCAUGAUAUUCUCAGCAACUCAAAUUUUAAAAUGUCCCAUAGCAUAUAUCUUUUGAGCAGUUCUCUUGUUGUUGAAACUAUUGCCUUGAACUCAGAAUUACACUGAUGGGAAGUCAUAAACUAAAAUUCAAACACUUAAAUAUUUAAGUGCUUUCAGAAGAGUUUAAGAAGCCAUUCAUAAAAAGGUACUUUCUUCUCUCCAAGCAAAUGGGCCAAGUCAUGAAAAAUGGGGCCUACUGACUGCAUAAAUAAAGUUGUAUAGUAGUGUAGAAAUACGCUAGCCUACCCGGACCGGUUAGUUAUAUAUCACUUCCAUUGGCAUCCACCUUCUUUAAUGUGUGUAUAAGAGCCUGCCAACCCAAAUCUAAAUUGUAGGCAGCUUGGAUUUGUUGGUUUGUUAGAAACACUUGAGAGAGACUAUUCUGGUCUUUGACGUAAAGUACGGAAAGUAAAGUGUGCAAGUAACGAUGACAGUGCUGGAAAACAAUUUUCUCACGCAAAGAAGGAGCCUAACUACAAGGUAUUUUUAAUUGCCAGGCUAUUCACAAAAAAAAAUCUGUGUGGAAAAAAUGCUGGAUACUAUGUUCUUGAAAUUAAUCCAGUGGAAGUGUUAAAUUUACUAUGAUCAACCCAGGAGAAGUAGAUAGAUUCUCAAGUACUUUGAAAUCAGAAUGGAAGGUGGUUAUACAAACACAUGGAUUUUUCUCUGCUCUCCUCCAUUAAAAAUGGUGGCCUGUUAGUAAAAAAAUAAAUAAAAUAACAACAAAAAAAGAUUUUUCCGCCAGCCUCUCAUUUUGUGGACCAUGAGGACUUUUUCCAGAGACCACCUCUCCUUAUUGGCUGCUGCUUUCUCAGCUUAUGUAAUGUUUAACUAAGCAUCAUUUAAGGAGCUAUAGGACACAUUUUGAAUAGCUCCUAAAUGGUGUUUUCACAGACUUGAAACAUCUUCAUUCUGGAGGCUAAGAAGCAUCUGUGAAGUCAGAACAGUUUUGGGUUCUUUCAUGGCUUCCCCCCAGGAAGACUAUCAGAAUUCCCUGAACUGGUAAAUUGCUUUGACUUUAAACUAUGCCUGUUAAUAUGUACUGAGUUUUACUUUUCUAAUUCUACCUCAUGAUAUGCUGUUUUUUAUAAGGUUAUUGUUCUGAAAUAUUGGACACUAACUUUUCUGUAUAAAGAUGUGUUAAUAUAAAGGGGCACAUGUCAUAUUGCAUCUAAAUACUACAUACCAUGCAAAGCACCAAGAGUGGUAAUUUAACCAGUGUUAGUCAUAGCUCUGAAAACCAAGACCAUUGAGAAGUGUAAGACUGAUUGUAGAAGUUGACCUGGUUGAUGGUUUGAUGUUGUGUUGAUGCUUUUGUAGUGUGUACAACAUGAAAAGGAGGAGAUACAUUUUAUAUUGACAGAUUCUGUCUGUGUAAACUAUAAGAAUAUUGCCUAACUUUUCUGAUUAAAUUUGCAGUAAGUUUGAAUUAGAAUGAGUAGAUAACCUUAAGUUGUGAGUGAUUACUCCUCUACAUCAACACUUGGAAGUUUUCAAUGAAAUCUAGUAUAGUUUACCUAUGAAGUUCACCUAACAGUUAUCUUGAAAUUGUAUUCAGUAAUUUAUAACUGAUAUGCCUUGCAGUUACAUCUUGGGGGAGGGAAUGAUUUUCAGCUUUUGUCUUUCUAAAUCAUAUUUUCUUGCCUUACUGAAUUAAUGAAGUAAUUUGUGGGUGAGCUUUAUUUCUAGAUAGCAAAAAAAUUUUUACAUCUUAUUGCUACAUAUCAAAAAGCAAAUUCUUAACCAUCAACCCUUAAACUUCAGAAGGGCAGAACUAUUAACCCUCCCCCCCCCCCAAAAAAACCCCUGUCAGAUAUAAGAAAAUGUUUCAAAUGAUAGAUUGAAUUAUGAAUGUUGCAUUAAUAGCAAAAUGCAGUAAUGGUUUGUACCAAUUUCUCCUUACAGUGGUCUGUUUUAGACCACUGAAGUGUUACACCACUUGCUAAAUUUUCAGUAUUUCUACUGAAGACAGAUUUCUUAGUUUGACUGUAAAGCAUGUAAUAUGCAUUAUAAAUACAUGGUUUCACAUUCAUAAAGUAUUGUAGUAAAAUAAUUCUUCCAUUCUCGGUGUGUCUGAUUAGCAGAAGCAGAUAAGCUGCACAGUAAGAUCUCUGUAACAACACUAGUAUGUCUGAAGGCAGUUAUGCUUUUGUAAUAACCUAGGGACCAUUUGUUGUUGGAAUUAAAUGCAUUUUCUGAAUAUUCCAUUGGAGGUCAGUCUUUAAAUCACUACAGCACUGUUAGUUUUGGGGGAUGGGAAAGAAGAAACUUAAUGGGAUUACAAAAUGACAUUUCUGUAUGUGUACUUUCUCUGUAUUAGGUAUGUCUGUGUAUUUCAAUAUAUACAUACACAUACAGCCAUGGAGAAUCGGUAUGCUUGUUGAACAUGGUUAGUUCAGGGGAAAAUGUAGCUUGUAUUUCUCAAAAAGCAGUUGGUGGUAGGGAAAAAACACAGUGACACAGACAACCCCCCUCAUCCCAAGGUUUGCAGUCUUGGAGUCUUGGUAAGGACACUUUUUUAUUGCCUAAUACCAGAGUUAGAAUGUAGACAUCACUUGUAAAAGGAUUUUAGGUAAUAGCGAUGUGAAAAAAAGUCCUGAUAGCAAAAAAACAUAGAUCUGUUGCUCUCUGAAAUUUUGACUGUUGACAUCAAAAAUACACUUGCCAAAUAAAAGUGAAGAAAAAGAAAUCUAAUUUACAAGAUUAAUAGGUUGGAAUAGAAGGAAAAAGUUGACACUGUCAAUAAUAUUUCUGUCCUGGAAGAAAAAAUAAACUUUUCCAUUUCCUGAUAGCA